AACCAAUCGCAUCCAGUUCUACCGAGAAAUAUUUUAUGCGUUCACGUAUUUCAUUAUUUGGAAUAUUGCAGAGUGCAAAUUCAUCACACUUUCAAAUGUAAACAAAGCCAGCUGUUAUACAAGGCUGAACACAGAUACGUAUAUAAAAGGGGAAACGAAUGAGUGGCCCUCUCUAUAUAUCCAGUUGGUAAUUCGAUCUGGAUUUGAUUUGCAACGGUGAUUUGCGAGGAUGAUGAAGUUAAUUAUUCUGCUCGCUGUGGCCAUUGCCCAGCAGGCUUAUUGCGAUGAACCCGAGCGAAUCGUUGGUGGUGACAUGGCUACGCUCGGUCAAUUUAAAUAUCAAGUCUCUCUUCAAUCUUACGGCGAGCACAUUUGCGGAGGUAGCAUCAUUAGUAGUACACACAUCCUUACUGCCGCUCAUUGCGUAAAUGACGAUUUCUACACUAAUGGCAUGGUUGUCGUAAGCGGACUCACUAACCUGGCAACGAAUGGCGAGAAGCACGAAAUCAAAUGCAUUCGAAUACACCCAAGUUACACUGGUGAAAAAGAGAGUGGCUGGAAAGAUGACAUCGCUGUGAUUACUCUAAAAAAACCGAUCAAAAUGAACGACGUGCAAGGCCCAAUUCCUUUAGCAAGUAAAGACCAUGUUAACGGCGGUAAACGCGGCAUCGUAAGCGGAUGGGGAAAAACCCAAAUAAGUGGAUCGACCUCGAUAUUGCUCAGAUGGCUUGAAGUGAACGUCUUAAGCCAAGAGCGCUGUCUACAUGGACACAAAAAUCCACGUACCAACGAAAAUCAGAUAUGUACGCUGGAAAAAGUUGGGAAAGGUGCCUGUCAAGGUGACAGUGGUGGCCCUCUCGUUGUCGACAACGAGCUCGUUGGCAUUGUUUCUUGGGUCCUGCCCUGCGCUUUGGGAAUAUCUGAUGUAUACACUAAUGUUUACAAGUAUCUCGAUUUUGUCAAAGAAUCUCAAUCUAUGUGCUAACAAUUUGUAUUUAAAACAUAAUUUAAUUCUGUAUGGAUAUAAAAUGACCGGUUUUCAAAAACAAAAUAAUGUGUUUUAAUCAAACAAGCUGAACAAUCCUGUCAUACUUGUGUGUAAUUCCGAGGAAGUUAAUCGUAUGUAUUGGACAAUAAUUCAAAAUGUAACAUAUAAUUGUCUCUAAGUAACAAUGAAUAUUAAAAGACCUCGCACACUUUGCGGGAAAUUAUCUCCGAUGAA